GUCAAAGUGAACGGCAAUUUGCACGUGUGUCAUCACAUCGAAUAUUGUUGCUUCAUUCACGGAAAACGGAAUUAAAACGACGUAAUUGUAGGUAAAAAGGGACAAAAAAUACAAUUAAAAAAUGGGUCGCCAAAAAUUGGGCAUUGGAUUGAGUAAGGAGGAGCGAAUGUUGAUGGUAAUCGGUGAGAUAAUCCAAGAGUUAAUUCAAGCCCAUGACAAACAGAAAGAUGUUGAUUUAAAUCGAAUGAAAUCGCGAAUUUCAUCAAAAUAUGGUUUAGACACAUCGCCCCGAUUGGUCGAUAUCAUAGCGGCAGUGCCAACAGAAGCAAAACACUUUUUGUUACCGAAAUUGCGUGCCAAGCCAAUCCGAACGGCAAGUGGUAUUGCAGUGGUAGCGGUUAUGUGCAAGCCGCAUCGUUGUCCGCACAUCAAUAUGACGGGAAACAUUUGUGUUUAUUGCCCUGGCGGACCAGACAGUGAUUUCGAAUAUUCCACACAAAGUUACACGGGCUAUGAACCGACAAGUAUGCGAGCCAUUCGUGCUCGGUACCAUCCAUUCUUACAAACCAGACAUCGCGUUGAACAAUUGCAACAGCUCGGUCACUCAGUAGAUAAAGUGGAGUUCAUUGUGAUGGGCGGAACAUUCAUGUGUUUGCCCGAGGAAUACCGAGACUAUUUCAUUCGCAACUUGCACGAUGCACUGUCUGGCCACUCUAGCUCAAGCGUCGCUGAGGCUGUAAAAUAUUCGGAAAAGUCACGAACCAAGUGCAUUGGCAUCACAAUCGAAACAAGACCAGAUUAUUGCUUGAAACGACACAUUUCGGAUAUGCUGUCGUAUGGAUGCACCCGGCUGGAGGUUGGCGUUCAGUCAGUUUAUGAAGAUGUUGCACGAGAUACAAAUCGUGGCCACACCGUUCGUGCCGUAUGCGAAAGUUUUCACUUUUCAAAAGAUGCCGGUUUCAAAAUCGUUGCUCACAUGAUGCCAGAUCUACCGAAUGUUGACUUUGAACGGGACAUUGAACAGUUUAUUGAAUUUUUUGAAAAUCCAGCAUUUCGUGCUGAUGGCUUGAAAAUCUACCCAACACUCGUAAUCCGAGGCACCGGAUUGUAUGAACUAUGGAAGACUGGUCGUUACAAGAGCUACCCACCGUCACAGUUGAUUGAUUUGGUAGCAAAAAUUUUGGCUUUAGUACCUCCAUGGACCAGAGUAUACCGAGUACAACGUGAUAUUCCCAUGCCAUUGGUCAGUUCAGGCGUUGAACACGGCAAUUUAAGAGAAUUGGCUCUGGCUCGCAUGAAAGACUUGGGCACUGAUUGUCGUGAUGUUCGAACACGUGAAGUCGGAAUUGUCGAAAUCCAUAGCAAAGUUCGGCCAUAUGAAAUUGAAUUAAUUCGACGAGAUUACGUAGGAAAUGGUGGUUGGGAAACGUUUUUGUCCUAUGAAGACCCUGAACAAGACAUUUUGGUUGGAUUGUUGCGAUUGCGAAAGUGUUCUUCCGAAUCGUUCAGACCUGAAUUAAAAGGCCGAUGCUCGAUUGUUCGAGAGUUGCACGUUUAUGGAUCAGUUGUGCCCGUUAAUGCCAGAGAUCCGACAAAGUUCCAACAUCAGGGAUUCGGCAUGCUGUUGAUGGAAGAAGCAGAGCGAAUUUCGCGAGAGGAACAUGGAAGCACAAAAUUGGCCGUCAUUUCUGGUGUUGGCACACGAAAUUACUAUCGUAAAAUGGGCUAUGAACUCGAUGGUCCUUACAUGUCAAAAUCAAUCUAAAUUUCAAUGAAAAAAAAAAACAAUUCGAAUCAAAAGGAAAUGAAUUUCGUUGGAAUUGUGUCCUUUGCAAUUGCUUUAUUCACGUUUUUACAAUGUGUUUGGCUUAACUAUCUACAAAUUUAGAUACAAAAUAUGAAUAUUUAUAAAUAAAAAUCUUUUUCCUACAUUUUUGUUAUUCUUGUCAAAUAAAUGUCCGUAACAUAAAAAAUGGUGAGAUAUUCGACUUGAAUACAUCGUUUUUUUGUUGUUGUCGUUAACAAAGAAUAAUGUUGCUAGUGUGAUUUCCUAUACAAUUUUUUGUGAUGAACCGAAAACAAUGUAGACAAACCAUCCGACGGUAUUGAUGAGCGCUGCGGUACUGAACACGGCCGACCAACUUUGCGUCAACUCCAGAAUAUGACCAGCCAAAUAAACACCGAGGAAACCUAUUGAAAUAAAAAGAAAAUUUUGUUUUUAAUUUUUUCAAAAAUUAUUUCAUUUUUUACGGUUUUUUUCUCAAAAAAGGAAUAAACUUGUAAAUCAAA